UGGACGUGUAUGCUAUGUAUGUACCUUUAAGAGCUAUGACGCGAUCGUUCGAGCAAGCGUCUGAUUGGCUGGUUGGCGCUCUUCGACAGACAACAGUAAACAUGGCGCAGGAACCCUGGAAUAAAGUACAUAUUCCGUUUCCAAGCGCUAUGUCUUCGUGUCGAGUCGAAUUUACCGACUCAACGGGUGUCCUAGUGGAAUGUCUGCUUGCUGACUGUGAGAAAGUGUUGACACUUUUACGCAGUGAAGUUUUGCAGACAGAAAUCCGUGUGUUGUAUGAACUACUUUACGUCUUGAACAAUAGCUUCAGACAACACAAGCCAUUCCGGGCAUUGAAGCAGGUUGAACAAUGCAUAAACCGUUUGAAAGAGAUGAAUUUACAAGCAGCAAUAGAGGACCUGAAGGAACUGUGUCCUAAAAACAUUCAGAGGGAAGCUGGAACAGAGGUUGGGGAUUGUGAUGUUCCCAGUCAGCCUAUGUUGGAGUGGCUCUGUCUCAAACUACUUGGUGCCUCCAGCUUGUUGGCUCGAACACUGGAGCGGUGCAUGCAAGCAUUCCUACGGACACGACAACACUUGAAGCUGGCCGAAUUCAUUGUAUUGAACGUGGUGAUAACCAGCAUGCUAAGUCGUCUGUGGGUGUUCUUCAGAGGCAUUUUGAGAGUCCUCAUUCCCAUGUACAGUAGAACCACUGAACUUAUAAAGAACGUGGCCCAGUCUAAGCCCAUGGCCUACCUGACAGACUUCACUCUGCCUGCGGACCUGAAAGACUUCCUGUUCCUGUCAUACCCUGAUCUGCUUAUAGAAGAUGACUCUACAAAACCUUCAUGGUCCUCAAGAAGAAAUAAAAAGUCCCAGUUUUCAGUCCUUACCAGACUGUUUGGGGACACAGAAGAGGAGGAGAAGGGAGAAAAGGACACAGAGAUGCAAGUAUUCGCUUCUGGUCACUAUAAAGGCUUUAAUAUGGACUUGGGGACAGCAAUUUCACAACAACGACCAGAAAUCUCAUCCUGUGUACUGGACAUAAAGGCAAUGCUUCAACAACCCUGUAAAACAACAAAACAGAUUCUGUCUCAUGAACCACGACAAAAAUUGGGCAUCUCAAGCCAAGCUGGAGUCUGUCAGAAGAGGAAGUUCUUGAACUCGGUGAGGAAGGUCUCCUCCUUCAGAGACAUGACGGUCCAGCUGAAGGAAGUAAUACAUUGGUGCAAGAGCUCUAAGUUUCAUCAAGAGCGUAAACGGCUGUCCUUCUUAUUCCUCAAGUGUUUGAGAAUGGAAAGUCUGGAAGCUGAUAGCAUCAGGGUGGAGAAAAGAUUGAAGAAAUUUAAGGUCAAAGUUCGAAAGGCGUUGAUGCUUCAGAAGAACUGUUCCAGUACCUUUGCUCCUUUUCGAAGAUCUCAGUGGCACCACAGAACCUCCAUUCGAUCAUUCAUGGUACACUACAGAACCUGCAGACGAGGAUCAAUGUGUGUCAAGAUGUCCUCUGAAACGGUUAAAAACUUGUUUGGUAUGCCAUUGAAGAACAAGAGGAACUGCAGACCAGUGGAUCAAAACAAAGAGAUAUCUGGACAUAAUGAGGCACCAACUCAUGAGGAGGAAAAACUGCAAUCACAGACUGUCAUGCAGAAACCAAUUAACUUAAACAAGGAUGACAUUGAUGAUAUUUUUGCAUCUAUUGGAUUUUAGUUUCUUAGUGUUGGAACACUAAAAUAAUGAAUUCUUUUUUAUAUAAAAAAAAAUGUAAGAAGAAAAACUGACAACACAAUCAUGUAAAAACAAAAAAUAAAAUUCUAGCUAAAAUCUAUUACA